UGUGGGGAGGCAACCAUACAUAUGACAAUGUGUUCAGUGGUUUACUAAAGUGCCAAGCCAGCAUAUUACAUGAAGCCAUAAUAGUUUGAGCAAGAUGGAUGUUGGUAUAGCUCUGAUAGCUCUCAUCCCCCUCUGCUUAAUUCCUUGUGUCCAUGGCCAGACUUGCAGUGAAACUUUCGAUCUGACUGAUGAUCUUUCUAUAAAUGCUUCACUGGCUACCUCCUGCAUACGAUGCAUUGUAGGUGGACAGUUCAUAACUGAUGUGCAGUGGAUUGCUGAACCUAGUAUAGUUCUUACUGACGGAAUGAAUGGAGUAUCUGUUACUUCAAUGCCUGGUAUCUUGGUAAUCACUGAUGCUGAUGCUUUCUUUAAUGGUCUGGGGAUACCUGUCAGACUUCACUGCGGCGGUGGGGUUGAUUCCAUUUACCCAGCUGGCCUUUCUGCACCGAUUGUUAGUAUCCCAGAUAAUGGGGUAGUCACAGAGGGAGGGGAUAUAAGGCUCACCUGUAUCUCGACCAACAACCGACCAGGGACAUUCCAGCGGCAUUGGUACAAUCCAGCUGGGGAAGAAAUUUCUGUAUUUCAAACACCACAGCUAACGAACGUACAAAGAGACCAAGCUGGAGAUUAUACUUGUCGACUGACUAGCAUACAAAGUGGAGAUUUUGCUGAAGACUCGGGAACUUUGAUCGUUAACUAUAUGCCCAGUAUAGCGUCUAGUAAUCCAGCCUCUAACAUGGUCUUCAUAACUGGAACCAUAUCUCUCUCCUGUAUCUCUGACUCUGUCCCAGUCUCUGUUAUAACCUGGCUACAUGAAGGGUCACUUCUGAGUAAUGGCGUUGGUGGAGCUAUCAUUAACUCUGCUGGUGGAUUUUCCAAUCUAAUGAGGUCAGAACUGACUACAACCAGCGGCGGUACUUACACUUGUGUUGCAACAAAUGUAGUUGGUUCUGCAAAUGCCAGUGUGGAAGUUAUCAUUCAAGCCUCCUGUUGCCAGCCUUUUCACAACCUCUCCACCUGAAGCUUGGUUUGUUAGCCUUCGUGAUAGCAACGACAUUGACCUUCGCACUUUCAUAGUGUUUGAGCCCACCACCCUCAUGUACGCAUUCACUCAACUAAACAAGGGGUCAGAGUACAGCGUUCGGGUUGCUGGGAACAACACUAGGGGUAU